UUAAUCGUUUGACAGCACUAAUUUAAAUACAUCCAUUUAAGCAGAAUAUAAGAUGGUAAAUAUUUAAUUCAUGAGUUGUCAAUAUGAUAUAUUAUAAUACAAUAUAUAGGGUAUUAUUUUACUGCAAAAUUCAGCAUAUUAACAUAAAAUGAUAACUGCAAAUCCGUGUUUCGUUGCCUGGAGUCCAUUUGUUUCUUUGAAUUGCAGCAAUUCAUUUGUUUCUCUCUUCUCUAGUCUUCAGCAGUCUGCAAAAACAUACCUCAGAUUUCUUUUCAGGUCUAUCUGUACAGUCAAUCGCAAAGCUCUUUCUCGUUUGAGGUGUGUUUUGUGCGUUUUGUCACAGCAUUCACACUGAAAACCAAUGCUGCCCUUCACCCUGCAUCCCAAUGUGCAUACUAUCCACUCUAUCUGCCCUAAAUAGUAUUGAAAAUCACUAAUAUCACAUAGAAUUUAGUAUGGAUAGCAUGCACAUUGGGAUGCAGGCACAGUUUUUUUGCCACUUAGUGGGCGGAGCCGCACUCACUCCAGCUGACGGUGACUUCACGAGCAUACCCUCUAUUCAAAGCAGUAUGUGCUCAUUCUGGAGUACUGAUAUACUGCAUACUUAUCUGUGCGCAGCGCAGUGCGUACUAUAGUACGCAAGCGAUCCGUGCCUGUGUGCUGGAGGGAGGGGGAUGGGUCAUUGAGUUCAUUCGCACUACAGCAGAUCCGCUGUGUCUCUCUCGCUCACACUCUCACUUCAGGAAUAUGUGUCAGAUGGAUGGCGAGGCGAAAAACAAGAGCUUUUAAAACAUGGUGCAUACAGUACGCGCUUCCGCGCUUCGCUUGACCUUUCAUCAGGACAAAGGAAGUCGAUGAGCCGCUCCUGCCGUUUCCAGGUCAGCCGAGGAGACUCGCCGGUGCUCGAUAAGCGGAAUAAUACCGAGCGAAGCGAUGAAGCGCCGUGAAUGAUUAUGGCCGAUAGUCAGCGAAGGGGCACGGACAGAGGCAGAGGCAGGAUGACUUCGGGAUACUCGCAGCAGUACGCGAGCGGCAAAGCGUCAGACAUACAGGAGCUGGCGUCCAAGCGAGUGGACAUCCAGAAGAAGCGCUUCUAUCUGGACGUGAAGCAGAGCACCCGCGGACGCUUCCUGAAGAUCGCCGAGGUGUGGAUCGGCCGAGGCCGGCACGACAACAUCCGCAAGAGCAAGCUCACCCUCUCCAUGUCCAUGGCGCCCGAUCUGCGCUUCUGCCUGGGGGACUUCAUCGAUUAUUACGCGCACAUCGGGCUCCGAGGAUCAUGCCAGGCGGCGGCGGAGGGACAGAGCAACGGCCAGGGACGCGCACCGGAGCCCCGCCGGAGAGCAGCGGAUCCGGCGGCGUCCCCCAGCGGCUCGGCCGCGUCCGAGGAGCAGACGCACCGCGUUCUGAAGAGCGAGUUCAUUGAGCGCGACAACAGGAAGUACUACCUGGACCUGAAGGAGAACCAGCGCGGCCGGUUCCUGCGCAUCCGGCAGACCGUCAACCGCGGGCACGGGGGCAUGGGCUACUACGGGCAGGGCAUCGAGCAGACCAUCGUGCUGCCGGCGCAGGGCCUGAUCGAGUUCAGAGACGCGCUGUCGCAGUUAAUCGACGACUACGGCGACGACGAGCCCUGCGCGCGGAACCACGACGCGUCGCCCGAGCUGCCCGAGGCUGCGUCGUUCCGCGUCGACAACAAGCGCUUUUACUUCGACGUAGGCUCGAACCGCUUCGGCGUCUUCCUGAAGAUCAGUGAGGUCCGGCAGCCCUACCGGAACACGAUCACCGUCCCGCUGAAAGCCUGGGCUCGCUUCGGCGAGAACUUCAUGCGGUACGAGGAGGAGAUGCGACACAUCUUCAGCUGUCAUAAAGAGAAGCGGACAGACGCGGAGGAGCAGGAGGAUUGACGCACGCUGCUGCUUCUGAUGAUGAUGCUUCUGGUGUUAGUUGUACCUCUAGCCUCCUGCUGUACUCACCGGACACUUUACCGUGCGGCCCGUCCCGUCCCGUUCAUGCCCACUACUGUUGAUUUAAAUCUAGGCAGAAUCCAAGCGGCUCUGCUGGGGUUGCUGUGUGUGUGUGUGUUUGUGUGAGAGAGAGAGCGCGUGUAUUAGGAUUUGGUGUUAUUACAUCCAAUACUUCUUCCCAGGCGUAACGUGUAUGGGGCUGCUGUGCAAUUUCUCAAAGCUGGGAAUCAAAUAAUCAAGGUCUUAUCAAGCACUUAGGUAACACUUUAUUUUGAUAGUCCACUUUAGACAUUCUACUAAGGCUGAUGAUACAUGGAGCAGCUUUUUGAGCAAUAUUGCUGGGUUAAUUGAUGGGCAACCAGGUGAGACACAGGGCUUACGACCGAUUUAAAGUAUCCAGAUAGAAAUUUGUUACACAUUUGUUACACAGUGGGAAAGUGCCCAAGCAACAUUGCUCAAAAAAAGUUGCAUAGAUCAGUUGUGGGCUCUGUGUCUCACCUGGGGCCUGUACCAUGAAGCCGGUUUAGCUUAAUGUUAGUUUGCACCAAUCCUGAGUUUUAGGUACCAUGAAAGUGGCUUGGCUCUUAGCUGCGUUCAUUGCCACAGUAACUUACACUGCACAGCUAACCUGCUCCGGAGCAGCUUAUGUUCUGAGUUAGGGAUCUCAAAGUGAAGUUGGACCAAUCAGAUGUGAGCAAAGUGACACAUGUCUGAUGCAAAACAAAUCACUCCCCCAGUUUCUCUUGCUCCAAAUUAAAGGUCACUAUAAAGUACCUUAAAAAAAAUUACAACAAAAUUGUCUGGCUUUAAUGAUAAUUACAAUUUACUUAUGAUUUGUAUAAUUAUAAUAUGAUUUAUAUUAUUAAUCCAUUACACACAAGCAUUUUUAGUUUAACAAUUAUUAUAAAGCAUUUAUUUUAAAUGAAUGUUAACAUGUACAGAUCGUAUGUAAUAUAAAUAAGUGGUAGAAUCAAUAGAUAAAGCUUUAAAAAUGGCUCCAUGUGACCUUACAUAUUCGAGUCUCUAUCACUAUAUAUUAUCAACUAUAUAAACUAACUUCACAAGUUUCACUUGUGACUGCACUGAUAGAGCAAGAUGAUUUCCUUUAUGUGUCCUCUUUCAUGGACAAGUACUUCAGUGGAAAUGCGUUUAAAUUCCUCAUAUUCUUUAAACUCUUAACCUUUAACAAAAGAGUUUUGAAUCUCGCUGGCUCUCUCGUGAGAAGUGAAUCACAUUUGCUCUGUGUUGUGAUUGGCUGUUCGCUACUGAUGUCACACGUUCAUAUGCACGCGCUCCACAAACUCAGGAUCAAAGCCUGAGUUGACAAAGAAAGCUGAUGAUCAGCAUCAUGGUACCAAUAAAGCCGGAUUGGAGUGGUUUGGUUUUGUCAACUCGAAACAAAGCCUAUAACUCUGAAUUUGUUCAUCUACCAUCAUGGUACAGGCUCCUGGUUGCCCGUUGAUGGCAACAUUUCCCAAAGGUGCCUGGCAAAAUUGCUCAAAAAGUUGCCCAGUGUAUCAUCAGCAUUUAACAAUUUAUUUUGAUGGGUCCACAACAUACAACAUACUGAUUAUAAGAAACUUUGCAAGUCAAGUCAAGUCACCUUUAUUUAUAUAGCGCUUUUAACAAUACAGAUUGUGUCAAAGCACUUAACAGUAUCAAAUUGGAGGAUAGAGUGUCAGUAAUGUAUAAUGAUAAGAUUAAACACUCAAUUAGAAAUAAGAAAGCACGAUAAACAGGACAGAUACCACAUUAAAACAGAGUAUUGGGAGUGAAUGUCGUACCAUGCUCUUGAGCUCCAUCUGAAACAGUCUGUAUGUGACAGAGACACUGUCCGGUAGAUACUGAGCCACACAACUGUACUCACGGCUAGACAGUUAAAGGAAUUUCAUUAUUGAAUUCAGAGAUGUCAUUGUCUAGCUCAGUUUAGUUUAAAUAGUAUCUGUGCAAUCAAAUCGGCGAUAAUCGCUAGAAAUGAAGUGUCCCCAACUGAGCAAGCCAGAGGCGACAGCGGCAAGGAACCAAAACUUGGGAGAAAAAAAAACCUUGGGAGAAACCAGGCUCAGUCGGGGGGCCAGUUCUCCUCUGACCAGACGAAACCCGCAGUUCAAAAGUUUAUAUUUCUAUUUUAAUUUUGUUGCAAUUUGUAUAAGUAUAUGUCAACUUAUUCUACUAACCCUAAACCUAACCUAACAGUCUACUCUGAGAGUUCGUAGACAUGUAGUUGUAAAGUUACUUAUAGUUAGUAGAAUGUCUAAAGUGGACUAUCGAAAUAAAGUGUAACAGCACUUAUAUCAGAGAUGCACUGCACACGAGUGCGGAGUAUUUUGAUGGUCCAAAGUGAAGCUUUUCUUUUUUUUUUUGUCUCAAUGAUCAAAAGAACUGCAACAUUUUGCCAUUGCACAAAUACUACGUUCCCCGUUUGAAAUUCGAAACCAAAAAGUGCAUUAAUAUUUACAUUAUUUGGAUGAAUUAUUUACAUACGAAAAAUACCUAACCUGAUGAGGCUGCUUGAACUAUAAAGCAUCAAAUAUGACAUUGUGUGGCCAUGCUUUAGCAUAAAUGAGCGGACACACUAAAAUUAGCUUUUUUUGGCUUUAAAUAAUAGAUCUUAGUGAUAUCAAUCUCUCUGAUGAGACAAAUGCUAAAUGACUCUUGAUAGGUGUGCAAUAUUUAAUUUUUCCCUGUCAGUGGGUUUAAACGAGAACUGUGUAAAAGCAAAGCAAACAAAUAGGCUCGUUUUAAAAUAACUGAAUUUAGUUUAGCUUGGUUUGCAGGGUUAUGUGGUCUUGUGUGAAAUGUUGAAAAGAAUUGCCAGACUGGAUUCACACAGACCUAAAAAUGUUUAAAUGCAUUUGACAUGAUGUCAUUCCUAUCAGAACAAUAGCUGUUUAAAACUACAUAAUACUGUAGUAUCAUACACACAUUCUACUGCAUAACUAAGACGUAAUCAUUCGUUUUUAAAUAGUGUAUGAGAAAAUGUGACAAAAGUAACAAGCAAUUUGCAGCAUCCCCAGAUGUCCUUCACACCCAAUUCAUUGGGUUGCGGGAACAGUUUUUGGCAUACAGUUUUAAAAUCUACACUGAAAUUGGGCGUACUAUGCACAGAAUGCAUUUUGCAUACUGAAUUUCAUUCAAAUAAAAUAUAAGCUGUAGUGUACCAGUAUGAAAUCACAGCAAAUGUUAACUAGUUGCCUUUACUGAAACUUUUUUCCUGGGGUUGUAGCAUUUAGAGGCAUGGACAUACAUGCAUCUAGGCAGUUGUUUUCUCAUUAAAGCACAACUAAUGAGUAUUUUUGUUGGUUUUAGGUCUGGCUCCAGUUGGCUUCUGUUUAUUUGUACUGUAAUUAUUGUCCAGCUGACGGGAAAAGCAAUUCGUUUCGGCACUUCUUUUUUCUCCGUGUGUGUGUGUGAGAGAGUAUUUAUGUUUUAGAAGAAUAUAACUGAAUUAUGGGUACAUUCUGUGGGUUAGUGUUAAGAUGCUGAUCUAUAACAGACACCUCCUACAGGAAGCACUUUAUUCAAACAGCACUUUGAGCUGCUUCAUCUGCUUUACCACUGCAAAGAGAACCUUCAUUUGUGCCCCAUAUGAAAAGAGUGACAAUCGUGCUCCCAAACGAACACCUCAGCCUUUCAGAAGUGCAUUCAUCUGUUUGCUCUGUGCGCUUCUUGGUUCUUGGUUGCAAUGUGUCAUUUCAAGGGUCUGAUUAGCAUAUCACUGACACUGAGUAUUCAGUCUGUGAUUGUAUUGUAUUGUAUUGUCUGCAUACGGAUUUCUUACAAUAAGGGCUGCUAGAGGAGGCAGUAUGUACUAACGUUGGGUAUGCAUAUUUCCCGUAUUUAGAAGGUAGGAAGGUUGAAAAAGGUAGGAUCCUUUUUUCUACCAAGGGCAUCAGAAUAUUUAGAAAGUUACCUUAGCGUCUGGUUGUCGUCUUUUACCUAUAAAGCAGUAAAGCUGGCGCAAAAUUAAUGAACCAUGUGCACUUUAAAAAUCUGAGUACAGGUUUGUUCCCAACAAAGAAACGAGUAGAAGUAUGCUUGUUAUAUGUGUAUGUGCAAUGCAUGACCAGAAGAGAGCAGUGUUCGUAUGAUGUUUUUCUCGCUAUAUGUAUAGGUGGUAUACAAAUAUUGCUAGUGUACACAAUUUAUCGCCCUGAUGAAAUAGCGUAUUUCAUUUUAAAGGAAUUAUUUGGGAAGAUUGAUGUCUAUUUUCCUGUAUUGUUAGAGGAAACAGCUAUGUCAAUUUAUAAGGCCAUCUCAAAAUGCGAUUAUAUUGCAGCUAUAUCCGAGUUACUCUAAACACUUGAAUUCAUGAAAUUGGACUGUUAUGCAUAACAUGUACUGAAGUCACAGUUUUCAACCCAUAGGCCUUAAAAUCAUUACACUGUGGUUGUAAUGAUUGACUUUAGGGUUACGAAUUGUCGUUCCAAUGUAGUUUGCCUUCAUCUCUAAAAUGUUACAUUUUGUACGCAUGAUGUUCGAAAACAAAAGGACCGGGAAAAAGGUGAAGUGACCUCGUGAAUAAAAUGAAUAAUAAAAGCAAAAUAGAAAAUUAUUUCAGUUCGGGGAAUAUCAAAAUAUAACAGCAGAGAUGCAUACACUUCUGUAUAUGUUCUUGAUAGUGGUGUGGGUAAUGUGACGUUCUCAAAAAAGAAAAAAGAAAGGUUGUUCACAAGCUUUCUUGAGUUGUUCCUUUUUAUCUUUGUGUUGAUCAUCUGCGGUUGGAAUUAAGACGUGUCAGUGUUUGUUAAAUGAUUUUAAACGAUGGCAAAAUUAAAAAAAAAUGUUUUGGUGUAUCUUUAGAUAAUGUAAUGUAGUGUGUCCUUCUGUAGAGCCUUCGAAUAUUAUACGACUCUAAAACAAGAAAGAAAUGGUUCUGUCUAGUAGCACUUUCUUUUCACGUGAGUACUGUAUUAGUUUCUGUUUAAGAUGUAUGGUACAGUAUGAAUAUUCCUGAUUUGCCUUGUAAUGUUUUUAAAAGGUUGAAAUAUGUAGGAUACAUAUCUGAUGAAAUAUGAAGUUUUAAAUUUGACGUUCGUGCAUGCCAACAGUAGGGUCCUGACAAACUUCAAAUAUAUAUGAAAAAAUGGUGCUAUAUGAGAACAUAUAAAGGUGCUGAACUGGACCCUAACUGCAUGCUUGUUGAAUGACAAUGGAAAAAGUAGAGCAAACCCGAGGCUUUUCAGUCUCGAGAUUGAUGACAAGAUGCCCUUUCUCAACGCGAGCAGUUUUGCGUAACUGUAAAUCAUGCACACUUGUGUCUGUGCAGUCGUGUGUGGAGGCUCCCUGCUUAAUUCUCCAGUUAAGGUUGCUUUGAACAGGAUGAUGUGAGAAAGGAGCACAAGCUGCAAAAACUAUGUCAGACAUGCAACCAGGGAGCAGCCCAUGGCUGAUACUCAGUCUUUACACAGCACAUUAUAAAACUGGUGGGUGAGAACUUGAAUCGGUUGGCGUCUCAUGGUGGAAAUCCUCACCAAAGUACAUGCUGAAAUGUGUGAUGCUUAUUUACAGUUACCCAAUAUUUGUGUGUAAAAGUUCCACAGACAAUCUAAUAAAGUACAACUUUUUUAUGUUUAGAACGUGUGUUUUGAUCAACUCUUCAGAUAUCAUUGGCUAAUACUAUAUUAAUGACUGUUUUUAUCUUUUCCCACAUUAA